GCUCUCCUCUCCCGCUCUCUGUCCUGUUCUCGGCUGCAGCGAUGCCAGUCUCAGCUGCGCAGAAGACGGCUAUUGAAGAAGUCAUCAGGGCCAUUACGAGCGCGUCCAGCCGCCGUGCCAAACGGCGUCUCGCGGACAUGUUCAUGGACCUCGUGGAUAGGGAGUCUUGGCCUGAGUACUAUGAGGUCAUCCCUCAGCCCCGCUGCAUCAAUGGCGUGAAGGCGAAUCUUGCCCAGAACAAGUAUAAAAAUCCGCUCGACGCGUUUAUCGACCUCAACCUCGUUUUUCUUAACGCGCUCCAUUACAACGAGGAUGGGAGUCAGAUAGCGAAGGAUGCCAAUACGCUGAAGGGUAUCCUGGAGAGCGAGUGGAGGCAGCGUCCACUACUCCCCGUACCGCCUAUGUCUCCAGCCAAGCCGCCUUCCGCUACACAGAAAGGGAACGCGUCGAAAGACCAGAAAGAACGUGCCGCAGUCGUCCCGGGCCCUAUCAAGUCCCAGACCACCGCAGCGUCCUCGUCGAAGUCCCAGUCUAAGGCGCCAGCGAAGCCUUCCCCCCCUAUACAGCUCAAUUCUACCCCCUCCCCUCUGCAAACACGAGUCUCGCAAACACAACACAGCGACGUGAAGAAAGAGAAGGAGACCGUCACAGUUAAGGCAGGGACGCCUGAAGGGGAGCCUUCACAAGACAUGGAUGUAGAUAUUGGUGGGACGCCAGAGCCUGAAGUCGUCGCUCAGGAUUCGGCGAGAGAUGGAGAGAGCGAGGAGAUUGUCCGUCAGCUGGAGAAGGGCCUACCCCGCUGGGCGGGCUUCGCAGAUGUUGGCUGGACAGAAGACCUCACAUCCGACCGCAUGGUGGAGAUUGUAACGACGUUGUCCAAGUAUAGGGAUGAGAGCGGCAACCGACCUGCUGCCAGUCUAGAAGGCAUCCCAGAGGAGACGGACAUCCCGGAUUUAUCGUUCACUCACGCCCUCUCGCUCCGCCUUGUCGAGAGUCGUUCCCGAAUGAACUACUAUGAAACACCGCAGGCGUUCGACAAGGAGAUGUCCCAGCUGUUUCUGAAGGCGCGUCGUUGGUAUGAUCCCGGUACUGAACCUUAUGGCAAUGCUCUAGCGUUGCAAAGGUUCUACCAAGCCCUCACCUCCUCAAACCCACCGACCCCGCCGUAUUCGUCCACCACCAGUUUUGCCUCGCUCCCAGCGGGACCCGGUACAGCUACGCCUCUUCAUUCUGUCGAAGGUGACGCCGCUACGAGGGUGACCACCUUCCGCGUCUCUGAAAAGGACAAAAGGAUAGUGGAGGAGGUACAUUACAAGGGCUGGAGCAUUCGCCUCGCGGAUUGGCUGCACCUCAGCAAUCCCGAUGACCCGAGUAGGCCCAUCAUUGCGCAUGUAUUCAAAUGCUUCGUCUCUGAGGAAACCCAGCGGAAGGGACAGCCGGGCGUGUCUGUGUGUUGGUACUACAGACCUGAGCAGACAUGGCACCCCACCGACAGGCAGUUCUGGGAGAAUGAGGUAUUCAAGACAGGCCACUUCGCAGACCAUCCCCUCGAGGACAUCAUCGAGAAAAUCGCGGUGCAGUUCACUGCGCGGCACGUCCGCGGCCGGCCUCGUCCGCCGUUCUGGUACCCGGGCUGGCCGCUGUACGUUUGCGACUCGCGCUACCACGACCGAGAGCGCGCGUUCGUGAAAAUCAAGAAUUGGAACUCGUGCAUCCCCGAGGAGGUGCGCAAGAAGGAGGAGUUCAUGCAGAUCUACCCGUUCGAACGUCCCGUCUUUCCGCGCCGGCAUCCUAGCCCCUUUUUGAGCGGUGCGAAAAUCGUCGCGCCCGGAGGUGUGCUGGACGCGAAUGCAAACGCAGCCCCGGGGGAGAAGGUGGAGCCGGAGAAGCCGGAGAGUGGAGGUGCUGGGCCCGGGACGAGGACUAGGACACGGCCCAAGAGGGCGACGGUGCAGAAGGCAGAGGCCGAGAAGGCAGCUGCGAGCAGAGGCGUGUCCGCAACGCCGAUGCAGCCCUCCACGAGCUUGUCGUACCAACAGCAGACGCAGCCUCCAUAUGUUCAGACGUACCCUCCUCGGGAAGACCGCUCGAUCGUUGCCGCUGCUGGGGGACUGGCAGUGCUGGGAAGCAAUGCUGCGAUUGAAGAGCUUCCGCCGGAGACAGCGAGACAUUUUGAUCGCGACCCGGAGACGAACGAGGUGCUCUGGUUCGCCGCGCCGCCUGUCGACAUUGUUCAUGCUCCGCCUCCUCGACACAGCUUGAAGUAUCUGGCACACCUCGCGCGAAAACGUAAAGGGCAGGCCGGCGAACACGCCAUGGACGUAGAUGGCGCUCCUCCGCCGAAAAGGCAGAAGAUGUCCAUGACCGUCACGGAGACUUUGGCGGCGCUAUUACAGGAGAACGGCUUGUAACGAGACGUUUGAGAAUUAACUUACCUUACAGACAUGGC